GGGUCUUAACCACGGAGGCGAAGCGUAAAAAGCCAUGUCGACCGCCGACGAAUCGAUCAAGCAGGCCGUCAAAUCGGGCGCCAUCGUCGUCGGACUCGGCCGUGCCGCUGGUCCUGCUGCAGACGCACUCCGCGAGGCGCUCGGGGCGCACGCUCGCGAGUGCGCCGAUGACGACUGGGAGGCAUCUCGCGUCAACCACCUCUGUCUCGUCGUCGAGUGCGGGCCCACGGGCGCGUGCUGCGAGGCUGCGGAGAAGUUCAUGCGUGAGGUGCGGCGCAGCGACGGCUACUCUGUCUACUCAGAGAUCAUCCGCCGCCGCGUCGCCGUGCUUGCGCUUGGCAGGCCUGGCGCAGUCGCUGGCGCGGGCAAGGCAGCGCGACUCGAGGGUGUGGAGGAGGCGCUGCUCAAGCGCGGAGGGUGCACUCGCCUUCUGCCGCCGCCCAGCAUCGGCACGGUAGAGUCUGCGUCCGGCGUCGCGGCCCUGCCAUGGACACGGAAGGCCGUGGAGGCGCUGGCGGCGCUGGCGCCGCAGCCGCAUGAGCCGGAACCGGUGGAGUAGACAAGAGACAGAUCGGCAUGCUAGUCUGAGCGUCUCUGAGCCUGAGCCGGUCCCGCGCCGGUCGGUACUGCCGGCAGGGGGAAAUUUCUUUUUAUUCGGCGGUGAAGAGCUCGCCUCGUGCCA